AUGCAGGCGGGAGGAGCCUGGGCGGCACCAGGACAAGAGGGGCAGCACCACCAAGGUGCGCAGUGCAGCGUCAGCCACUCAAGCACCAGCACUGCACUCAGGCCCCCAGUUCAGGCCGCACGCCCAACGGCCCAGCGUUGGACGGCCUCCUCUCCGGCAAGAGCCCUCCAGGAGUCCCGGGGCGGCUUAGGCGGAAGAUGCCCUGCGCUUCAGCAACAGCGCACACGUGUCACUCGCCCGUCGAAGGCUCCCAGACUGGCUCGCCGUGCAAGGCCCUCGAAAGUUCCCUGGGCCCCAGGACUCAGCACCUCAUCAGCACCACCCUCAUGGGCCUACCCCAAUCCACCUGAGCCCUCUGCGCGUUGGACAGCGUCCUGGUGCCUCGCAUUGGCCAGUGGAAUGUCAACCUCUUGUCAUCCCCUGCUUUCAGAUCUCCUCACUAGAUCUCCAGAGCACUCUUGCAGCACCGAAGUCCCCUCCUGGCCUGCCACUGCCACCUGCUCAGGUGUCUGCGCCGGGUUUCCUCCUGCCUGGAUGCAUACCACACGCACUGCACAGCAGCGGCUCUCCAGCAUCGUACCUGCCACAUCUAACAACCACAACAAAUACCUUAACGUCCGAUCAAUCAUGCCACCACUCGGAGCCGCUCUCGCAAAAUUACAUGAUGUUGUGUGCCCAUUAGAUUUCCCUGCAUCCAUUUCAAGCAUAUCCUCGUGCACCAUAACGUAGUGCGGCACGGCGGACUGUAAGUUC